CUCGCUCCCACUUGGACGUCCGGCCAAACGCGCUCCGCUGCCGCCGCCGCCGCAUAUAUAUCGGCUCCGCAGCGCUUUCCGUUUCGUUUCCUCUCCGCGUCACUAUAAUACGCCUACUACUACAACGAAAUAUUAAAAUAGAUACGUUUUAGAAUAACUACCACUGGUCGUUGUUCUUGUUAUCGGUGAAACGUAUUCGGGCUACCGCCCCUGGUUGAUAUGUAGAACAACCACACCGCUGUUCGUAGAGAAAUCACUUGCACGGCGCCAAAAUUAAAAUUGAAAAAAAAAGAAAAUACCGACAACGAGAUGAACCAACAGUGUAAGGUAUGCGAGGAACCGGCUGCUGGCUUUCAUUUUGGAGCUUUUACAUGCGAAGGGUGUAAAUCGUUUUUCGGCCGAGCACACACCAACCCCGCGGCGGUAGUGUCAGCAAAAUGCAAGUCGGGUGGCGGCCGGUGCGUGAUCGACAAGAAGAACCGGACGUCGUGCAAGGCAUGUCGGCUGAAAAAAUGUCUGGCCGUGGGCAUGUCGAAGAGCGGUUCGAGAUACGGUCGCCGGUCCAACUGGUUCAAAGUCCACUGCCUACUCCGUGAACAGAGACUUCUACCCGGCGACCACGACAACAACCGCUUCAAUAAGGGUGAUGUCAACACUCCACCGCCGCCACCACCGUUACCACGGUCACAACGCCCGCGUAUCGCUCUGCUUUCGUUACCGGUACCGCUACAGCAAUGGGCACCACCGUUGCUCCAGUUUUUGAGUUUCGCGCCGAACGGUCGGGCUCCGUUACCGCGGUCUGAGCAGUCGGCCUUCCGCGAGACCGCCGCCUUCGGAUCCGUAGACGAAGACGACCGGCCCGUGGACCUCACUGUUCGUCAGUCGGCUGACAACAACGAUGACGAUAACAACAACGAGAUAAUAUCAUGGAAGACCGCCAAAUUACGGUUGCUGCAGCAGAGCGAAACGUCCGAAACGCCUCUCGACCUAUGCGUCGUGAACGCCGACCACCGGAACUCGGAGACGGGUGAAGUCCGACGACACAAAGACGUGUUAUAGCCGACAAAUGGACAAUGAUAACGGUGCGACCGCGACUUGAGAAGAACUAACUAUCGAUCCUCAAAUGUACCCUAAACAAUAUAAACAAACGGCAUUUUUCCACCGACAUACCUCGCCGUUCAAUCGUUAUCACCACUAGAUUAAAAAUCUGGGGCACAAUAAUUUCAUCCUGUACAUCCAUCCAACGAAUCAAGAAGUAAAACCAGACUGCGACUAAAUGCGACAAACGCAUUAUUUUAUACUGCUCGAAAUUUUCCUGCGCUUCAUAGAGAUGACAUAAUCCAUCCAUAGCCUACGAUGAAGCACUCUGGAAACAAAAAAUCACCCUCUUCGUAUGUGAUGAACUUUUCGAAACCGCGAUAUUGAUACCAAAAUAUAUAAUAAUAUGACGUUAAAAUAUGUACAUUCAACGUAAUGUAAUAAGUUAAGUUUUAUAAAUUAAGUCGAAAUAGUUUUAUUGUAAAUGAAGGCUUAAGGCGCUUAAGCCUAAUAUAGUUUAAUCUAUAACUUAGAAGCCUUGUUGUUGACGCCUGUAUUUCAAAAAAAAGUUUGUUUGCGAGAAACGAUUAUUGUCAUUUUAGAAUAAGAAUACCAGUAAUUGUUCCUAAUACCGCAGUUAUCAUCAUUACGUCAUAUUAAAUAUGUUUCACAAUAAUUACAAUAAGUGAACAUACGGAUAUUUUCGACGUCUUUAUCACCAAAGUACGAAACGACCUCUAAACUAAAUAUUUAAAUUAUUCUAAAACGAUUUACGGCAUCCAAAUUUAGGGCUCUGCAAAAGAAUCAAACCUGAACAAAACACAAUUAACUCAAAUCGAAAUCUUUCGUUUAAUAACAAAAGCCCUAUUUAUUUUAUAUCUCAUAUCAAAUCUACACUCAGACCGACAAGAAAAUAAACAUUGUUCUAUCAAUCCUAUACACCUUAACAGAACUCACUCUUCGAUCACCAAAACAUCUUAACAAAAAAUCUAACCAAACUAAUACCUAAUAAUCCCCCUCCCCCCCCCCAAAAAAAAAAAAAACACUGAAAAAUCUGUAUAAAAGACCACAAAAUCUGGAUUGAGUUCCAGAUAAACUUAAGUUAAUUCUAAUAUCACUUAAACUUUAUUGUACAAAAACUAUAUAAAUUUCUUAAAAUAAAAACUCUAUAUUAUAACUCUAUUAAGUACAUUUAACGUUUACUUGCACAUCGCAUAUCAACAGUAAGUUUUUUUUGUAAUAAUUUUCUAAAAUGACUUUCUGUCUCUACACUAACGUAAAAUUAAAGUAAUUUAAAACGAAAAUACUCACUAUUAAAAUAUUAUAAGCACCCUGUGUGUAUUUGUUCGUAUAUACUAUAUAGAUACCUCAAGCAGGAAUAUAUUGUUGGUUUACGCUGGUCAUGGACUGUAUUGUAUGUAUAUUGUAUAUAUACAUACGGUUAUAAGUGGCAAUAUCCUCUGCCCACCCACGUCCACUUAAUACUUGCCGACACGGUGCACGAUUUAUUGGUUUAUUUUAAUUUUAACCUUUUUUAUAAACUCUUGUAAUUGAUGACGUUUACAACGAUGACCUCUGCGUUAGUACAGUCACGUGUUAUUUUUAGUACAAAUAUAUAUACAUAGGUAUAGAUCGAGGUAUCUGCUACUAUAUAGAUGGAUUUAUAAAUUACAUUUUCUGAACUACAGCACAUCAU